UAAAAUUUCAAAAUUUUUAUUAUUUGAUUUUUGUUUUGUUGACUUUUAUAACGGACGUUCACGUAACCGUUUUUUUAAAUUAAAAUAAUAAUUGCAAUUUUGUUUUAGUUUUAGUAAUUAGCGGUCUAUACAGGCUCAAUAAUGAUGUCGGAGAAUGUGAAGAGUGAUAGUAAAUCCCACAAACACAAAACUCCCUCUCCCAAGACUAAAAUAAACAAGUUUUACAAACAAAUAUCUGGUAUGGGUGGUAGUCCCUUCAAGAAUUUACCUAACUUUUCCACACCCCCUUCAAAAUCUGCUAUAAUUUUUAACCCGUUCGAGCCUCAUUUAUUUGAAAGACUGCAUUUGCCAACGUGCAGCCCUGACGUGUUUGAGCAAAUAUCCACUUCAAAGACUGAAGAAAAUUUUAAAUGGUCCAUCGACGAUAUCUCAAUCCUGAAACCAGCUGAUAUUGAUGAGAGUAGCUUGAGCCAGCAUGUGGUCACAGAAGACCCCCAUAUUGAAUCAAUGGUGCAAGAAAAAAUAUGUAAAUUUUUUAGUGAGAAUAAAAUAGUUCCUAGCCCUUUGAAUGCUAAAGUUCAGCAGUCUUUUUGUCUGGUAAGGGAAAGUUUGGGGGUGACUCCAGAGAAAUAUGUUAACACAGAUGAGCAAUGUAUCGGAUUUAGUAUGGAUGAUAAUGCUUCGUUUUAUAAGGAGUUGUUUGAGUUUGAGGACAAUGAAGAAAAUUCUGCUGAAGUAAAGUCAUUGUCACCCCCAGCAGCAAUAUCAGGUGACUUGGGCAUUCCUGCAUUGUUAUUUUCUCCCACCACAAGAGGCUUUGGAACUCCUGAACUAAACGGUUCCGCCCUCUCUCCUAUUACAAAAACCUUGCCCUUGCCCACAAGAUUUUCUUUCUCUGAUGAUAUGAGCAUAGACAUCAGCGUGAUUGAAGUUUCUGAUAAAGACAAUCAACUAGACAUCAGCGGAAAUGAAGUUUUGGAUAAAGACGAUCAACUUAUGUUGACUACUUGUACGCCUAUGAAGAAAACUGAUACUACAUUUGGAAAGAAUGCAGAUUGCAGUAUGGUUUCAAGCUUUUCUAGCUCUUGUACGGAUUCUGAUAAGAUGGACGUUUCACAUUCUUAUACUCCACGUUCCAAAUUAUUUACAAGAAAGAAGCAGAGGAAAAGAUUGAGCAAAAGUUUCAGGAGUCAAUUUGAGGUUGCAGACAAAAAUACUUCAUUGCCAAGUGAAGAUCAGAUUUUUGUAGAAAAGGGCAAAAUGCUUGAAAACGAUACAACUGAUGUUGGUUAUUGUACCCAUGAUACUGGAGACUAUAGCAAUAAUUAUUGUGCUAACGUGUUUGCCUCAACGCCCAGUAGUAAGAGGACUGCAAUAUUGGACUUUUAACUUUAAUAUUUAAUUUGUACAUUUUAACUUUUUUAUCAAAAAUUGUAAUUUCUUAAUUAAAUUCAUAAUUUGUGGCACAAAAU